ACGGCGGAAGGUGUUUUCGUUUUGAUUUGUUUGGUUAUUUUCUCCUCGCGUGCGUGUUUUUAAAGGAAAAUUACAUUUCAACUAUAAUUAAGGCUUAUUUAGUUUAACCAUGGCGCAACAAGAGGUUUCGUGCGGUCUAGAGUACGUAGUGGCGCCAGAUUUGCAAGGAAGUUUAACUGAAGCAUUUCACGCAAACUACUCUUUUAUCGUGACGCCGGUUGUGCACCCUAGGUUUCGGAGACAUCAUAUAGCUGAUGGGAAUAGAGUAGGAGGGUUCACGCGGUCGGAUAUGAUCCUUUCACCGCAAGAUUGGACGAGUAGGAUAGUGGGAAGGUUGUCUCCGUAUUUAAACGUAGAUAGUCCGAAUGACGUAGUGCGACAGCGGCAUGAAGACUGUAUGAACGAGGAGCUAUCUUAUUCGAAAGGGCUGGGGCUGCCGGCCCUGCUAGUUACGGUGCAUGGCGAGAAUAGCCACAACUUGGCCAGGAAUCUGUUGAGUUAUUUGGAAAACAGCCAUCACCCCACAUUGAUAUGGGCUCAAGUACCCAUGAUGUGCAGCCGGACCUUACGGAACACUGUGGUCCGAGGCCUAGAUGAUGACGAGGAGGCAUGGAACGAGCCAUGGCUGUGGUGGUCCAAGUUUCAUGAAAGACUACAAUGGGAUAAGCGCGCAGGUGUAGUCCUGGAACUUUCUGCCGAUCUUCCAUCUGAGGAAAUCAUGAAAAGAUGGCUCGGAGAACCUGUGAAGGCUGUUAUACUUCCUACUAAUAUCUUCCACAACAACAGGAAAGGCUACCCGGUCCUGUCCCGGGCGCACCAGCAAGUGCUGAUAAGCCUGGUGGAGCGCGAGGCGCAGGUGGUGGUGUGCGGGUCGGGCGCGCGGGGGGAGCGGGGGGCGCGCGCCGAGCACUACCGGCAGUACGUGGCGCGGCUGUGGGCACGCCGCCCCGCGCCCAACCAGGACCCCAUGAUGGACUACGCCAGAGGAUGGGAGGACUACCUCCAAACACCGCUGCAGCCGCUAGCCGACAACCUAGACACGCACACGUACAACGUUUUCGAGAAGGAUCCUAUCAAAUACGAUCAGUACCAGAAAGCCAUCACUCAGGCGCUCCAACACUUGCUUAAGAGACGAGAAAACAGCUCUUGUGAACAGAAUGAAACCAAAGACCUAUCUGAUGUGAUCAACCGCCUGCGCCUAGGGUCAGGGGAUAACAAACAGUGCGCAGAAGAAAAAGAUGGUCCGUUCGUGGUGAUGGUGCUGGGCGCGGGCCGCGGGCCGCUUGUGAGAGCCGCACUUAAUGCCUCCGAUAUUGUGAAGACCAAAAUUAAGGUGAUAGCCGUAGAGAAGAACCCCUGCGCCGUGGUAGUGUUAGAAGCACAGGCACGGGAGUUGUGGAGCUCCCGUGACGUCACUGUAGUGCCCGGCGACAUGCGGAGACUGACACUGGCUAAUAAGGCGGACAUCAUCGUGUCCGAACUGUUAGGUUCAUGGGGCGACAACGAGCUCUCCCCGGAAUGCCUGGACGGAGCCGCCGGUCUCCUCAAACCAGACGGCAUUUCCAUCCCGCACCGAUACACUUCCUACGUAGCACCCAUCUCUAGCCCGAGACUGUGGGCCGCUGCUAAGGCCGCUGUGAUAUUGGCACCGCAUAAGAAUAACCUGGAGAUGCUCUGGGUCGUUUAUAUGCAGAAUAAACAUGAUAUUGGUGAAACUAAGCCCGUGUUCACGUUCGAGCACCCCGCCGCGCCGGCGCGCGACCACGAGGGCCGCGCCGUGACCGACCACCGCGACAACAGGAGACAGUGCACUCUCACGUGGACCGCACAACAGGACAACGUGAUGCAUGGUUUCGGCGGGUACUUCGACUGUCAAUUAUUCGGCGAGGAAGAAAUCAGCAUAGUACCAGCCACGCAUAGCAACGGCAUGAUAUCCUGGUUUCCCGUCUUUAUCCCUAUCAAGUCGCCGCUCCGCGUAAGUAAGGGCUCCGUCAUCACGGCUCGGUUCUGGCGCUGCGUGGACUCGCACCGCGUGUGGUACGAGUGGCUCGUAGAACUUGACGGACGCUCUACCGAGCUGCAUAACUGUGGCGGCAAGAGUGCAGAGAUGCUCUUAUAAUACCACUUGCUCUACAUAUGGCUCUACGCGCCCGGUCUGUAAAGCAGAGCUACAUACCUGCGGCGGCAAGAGUGCAGAGAUGCUCUUAUAAUACCACUUGCUCUACAUAUGGCUCUACGCGCCCGGCCUGUAAAGCAGAGCUACAUACCUGCGGCGGCAAGAGUGCAGAGAUGUUCUUAUAAUACCACUUGCUCUACAUAUGGCUCUACGCGCCCGGCCUGUAAAGCAGAGCUACAUACCUGCGGCGGCAAGAGUGCAGAGAUGCUCUUAUAAUACCACUUGCUCUACAUAUGGCUCUACGCGCCCGGUCUAUAAAGCAGAGCUACAUACCUGCGGCGGCAAGAGUGCAGAGAUGCUCUUAUAAUACCACUUGCUCUACGCGCCCGGUCUAUAAAGCAGAGCUACAUACCUGCGGCGGCAAGAGUGCAGAGAUGCUUUUAUAAUACCACUUGCUCUACAUAUGGCUCUACGCGCCCGGUCUGUAAAGCAAAGCUACAUACCUGCGGCGGCAAGUGCAGAGAUGCUCUUAUAACCUUACUAGCUUUUGCCCGCGACUUCGUCUGCGUGGACUUAGUAACAGCAGCUAAAGUAAGUAUAGCGCCUGGAAAAAUUCUCAUAGCAAACAUUCAAUUUGAGCAUAUUAAUGCACACAAAUUAGCAGGCACUUCAUUAAUUAUCUCAAUUCCACCCCGCUUUUUACUUUCUUAAGGGAUGAUUUUUGGGAUAAAAACUAUUCUAUGUCCUUCUCAGGGACUCAACCUAUCUCUAUGCCAAAUUUCAUCUAAAUCGAUUCAGCGGUUUAAGCGUGAAGAGGGAACACACAGACAGACAGACAGACAGACUUUCGCAUUUAUAAUAUUAGUAUGGAUUAUUACAACCAUUUUUUUUAAAGAGUUGACAACGCGCAUGUGACACCGUUGGGGUUACAUUCAUAUGCUACGUUUACCUCUUUCCUUACCAGGUGGAACUGUUAUAAACUGCCAUGCUUAGGGCCAUUUGCAUAGUACUAGUUUCACGCCUCAAAUUCAAAAUUAUAGCUACAACAGAAAAUAUAAUAUACAUAGUGAUUGCAGAUUGAUACAUCAUAAUCAUACACGUAUGAUAUCACACCUCGCCUACCUAACUUCAAGAAACUAGUACCAUGUAAAUUUGGCUUUAUUCCACUGUUAUGUUUUGAAUGGUGUAAGUCUGCUAUUUUAUAAAAAAAAGUCAACACACUUGCUCAAAACGACGUUUUUAUUCCACCGAUUUUUGGCUCAUAAUCCUAGAUAUUAAACACGCAUGCUCUUUCAGUGUAUUAUUCCACUCGUGCUUUUUCAUUAUAUUAUCCGACUGAGUUAAGAAGCUAACUGAUUGCUAAUAAUAUGCAUGGAAAGGGAGCCUUCUUUAAUUGGUCGGACUGGCGAGCACGGGCGCGCUCCUCGCGCCUGCGCAGUGCGCGGCCCGGGCGAGGGCCGGCCGGCAGUACGAGUAUGACAGAUGCAACACACAAUACUAACUGUUUUAACUAUUAAAAUUUGAUUAAUAUGAAAGUUUCUUUUUUUUUUCUCGCAAGUGUGUUGAAGAACGUCGUAUGAAACGCAUGUGCAUUGGUCAUUACACACAUCGGCUUUCUUAUUGCGCACAAUAUCGCCUCUUGUGUAAUGACCAACUUAGCACACUUGUAUCAUAAUGUACUAUGGUGCAACACCAAUGAAGCGCACAGCGCAAUACGUAUCCAUAGUUAAUAAAGAGAGCUAAAAAUUCUGGGGCGUGUAUAUUUGAAUUAAGAAUCUUACCACAUAGCUAUAAAGUUUAAAAUUGAAUUUUUUGUUUUGUGAUACCACCGAUAGUGUAUAAAAAUAACUUUAUUUUCUACUUUGAUUUAAAUUAAAAAAUAACUUGCACUUUAUCUCCGUCUUAAAACUUAACCACGAAACUCUUCGAAGUGACAUUAUGCACCUUUAAUGUUACAAAUAAAAAAUUAUGUAUAAUUAUUGACAUUAUGUUUUUAAAAACAUAUGAAAAUUGCAGUAUACUAAAAAUUUGUUAUUUCUUUCAUUAGCCCCUAGCGUGUUACAUUUUAUCAUAAAACCCGAAUAUCACCAUAUUGCCUAAUAAUGAGACUUAUAAAAAGCAAGCCAAAUAAGUUGCUUGUUUAUAAUACUGCCACUGAUUCUUAUUUAGGUACGUAAUAUCUAGGUAAUAUGUUUGAUCGUUUGCGCCGUAGCAAACGAAACGGUAAUGUCGUAAUGUCUCUCUAUCACUCUUUUAUAUAAGUGCAACAGAGACACAUUAGCGUAUCUUUUUCGCAACCCAUGAAAAGGCCCCCUAUCGUCAGCUGACUGGAAUCCGUUUUUUCUUUAGCUUUGCGACCCUUCACGAGUCCCUAGGGCGUAAUACAGAUUCAAACAAAAGCAUUGCAUAUGAUGAUUUUAAUGUUCCAUGAUAAAAUUUACCAUGUUAGGGACAUUUCGUAUAUAAGUGAUACAAAGAUGUGAUCUUGUUAAAUGUUAAUG